UCCCGACCUCUCCGGAAAGAGAGAGAGAAAAAAAAAAUCACACUCACACGCGAGGAAAAGAAAAAGUACUUGCAAGACGUUCUGAACGUCGCGGAUAAAACACACGGAGUGAAAACUACCUGUAAAUGGGAGGUUUGUCGCCUGCUUCUCUUCUCUAGUUCCAGUCUUUUUCUUCUUUCCUUUUUUAAGUUUGCUAAUAAACUUUAUCGUGCGGCGGCUGUUUGAAGUUAUCGCGUGCUUUAACGCCUCGUGCUGUUGCGCAAAAACAUGGGAUUUACAUCUUAGCGCCGCUUCUCCCGAAGGAGCGCUCCGGCUGGAAGCUUUGUCAAUGGAUUUUACCGACGGUUUUCCCGACUGAAGUGUUGCCGCAGGGAAUACUCGCCCCCUCAACUUGGAUUUGUUUCACCUAAACGGGGGUCUAAAAGUGUCGCGAGCACGCCAGUGGUGAUGUCUUCUAACAUCUUAUGAUAGAACGACAAUUUCAGAUCUGACAGUUGACUACCAAGCAACCGAUUGGCUUUUCUGAGUAUAAGGACUUCAGAUGUGUCCCCUGCCAGCCACAGUGGCCCUUCAGUCACGAGAUGUUUUCCAGAAGUCAGAACGACAGCGACGGGGGAGGAGGGCAGCGGGGGUCAUCAUUGAACCGGCCAGCGGGUACACUGAAUGACGAAGGGAGCUCUGAACCACGGACUCGGCAGACUGAUGACGGUCCUUCAAAUCCCGGGUUGAACAAAGGGCAGCUGCCCCAUACUGAACCAGUGCUAUCUCUGGAUCAGAUUAGGAUAACUGGGAGUAGCAAUGAGUACACAGAAGGGCCUACUGUUGCCCAAAAGUCUUCAGGUACUCAGGAUACAUCACAGGGCUUAGGAGGCAGUGGACAGCAGGAGACUCAAAAAGAGAGGCCUUAUAAUCUCCGCAACCUGCACGGAAACUCUUCCACGCCGGGUGCUAUGCAGUCUUCCAGUGUAGACGACUCCCAUAGCAGCAUCAGGACCAGCGUGGGAAGCGUUUCUUCAGACCAGAGGCUUAUCGGCAGCCCAGAGAACGGCGAACAGAUAAUCAGAACACAGCCCAAGCGUUCCGAACUGAACUCAGAGGAGCUGAAACCCCUGAAUGAGGAGUCCAGGCCAGUAGUGGUGAUGACGAGCAGCAGUGUCAAUAGAAAUCAAGGUAAACACUCGGUUAGGUGUGAGGACUGCGGCCGAUGUCAGUGUUCAGAUUGCCGUCGCCCACGGGUGCUCCCUUCCUGUUGGAUGUGCGGCCGGCGGUGCGUGUGCUCAGCAGAUAGUGCAGUGGAGUACGGGACAUGCGUCUGCUGCAUAAAAGGCCUUUUCUACCACUGCUCCAGCGACGACGAGGACACGUGCACGGACAAGCCAUUCUCGUGCACGCAGUCCCACUGCUGCGUCCGCUGGGUCACCGUGUCGCUCCUCUCCUUGUUCUUGCCCUGUAUCCUGUGCUACCUCCCGGUUAAAGGAUGCGUGGCAGUGUGUCAGUGCUGCUAUGACAGAGCCAAACGACCCGGCUGUCGGUGCAAGAACUCAAAUUCAGUCCACUAUGAGGAUGUCCGGAAACCAACGUAGACGUAGUGUGUGUGUUGAAAUGGAGAUGGAUGGAAUGGCUCUACGCUCACUCAACUCGAUAGGCAUGUAGUUGUGUAGAUGAAAGGUUUUAAUAGAGAUCUAAUAAUGCUGUUGUGCUUAAGGUUUUGUAUUUUUCACCUAGGUUAUUACAAUAUCUGCUGAAAAAUGGCCUUAAUAUGCUGCCUUUUUAAAGUGGGCUCAGAAAACUCUCUGUACUAAAGGCAUGGGAGGUGCAUUCACUCACCCUAGCAUUAGGAGUUUCACUUGAAAGGUAAACCAAAAGAAGCGCUCGACAUUUAAAGGUAUGAAGACAUAUUAAACUACUGUCUUUUUUUCCUCCUUUUUUCUUAAUGUCCUGAAAAAUUUGUUCACUCAAGUGCCCUCGUUGUUUUAUUGUUAUGAGAGGCCAGCAGAUAGUGUCUUCUCUCUUUUUGUUGUUUUAACAUUUAAUACAACUUGUAUGCUAAGAACAGAUUCCUGUUACUGACUGUAAAGUUUUAAUUGCAAAUGGUGUGCGUACGUCAGAAAACGAGUUGAACAGAUGUUUUAUUUUUGUACAUAAUACUUCAACUGGGAAAAGUUUUCUGCCAUGCCAGAGGCACCUUGAUGAAUCCAUACCUAAACUAAUCAGCCACAACAUUAAAACCACUGACAAGCGAAGCAAUGAUGUCAUUGCAGUAUAAGGUUUGCCCGGGAAACGUACCGCCCAUUUAAACGCUGUUUACGCAAAGCCCCACCCAGGACAGGGGACAGUGUUCCCAUCACACUUCAUAAACUGCUCAGGAACGAUUUGAAAGAACACGUUAAAAUAUCCCAAACUGAUCCGAAACAAAGUCACCAACCCACAACCCAUGACGGUGUCCCCACUGCCAGACACAACAUUAAUCACAGUGUUUUUUAAGAAAAGGGAGACUGGUGGUUUUAAUGUUUUUGGCUAAUGGGUGUAUAUGAAUCAGAUAAUUGACCUUUUGUUUGUUUGAAAUUUUGUUUUACAUUCACUGGAAUGUUUCUUAAUCACGUUUAUGUAAUUUACAAAAGAAAGAUCUUAUCCCUUCUACUUGUAAAUUGUACAGUGACCUUAUAUGAAAAUUCUAUUUUCAUAUAACUUUAAAUAUAAAGUUAAAACUAUAUAUUUAUUUGAAGGUUUAUUAUUUUAUAAUGAUAAAAUAUUUAUUUUGAGAAGGCAUCAAUGUUUCGCCUCUUUGUGGGAGAAGGGGUCACUCUGUAGUCACUGCAAGAUCAGAGAUGACCCUGUACGAGUGUCAAAGCUGGAUGAAUAUUUCACUAUGGAUUAGGAGACAAAUAUAUUAACGUUUGACAUUAAACAACCCUGAAGUCUGA